AUGGGUGUUAUUCCCUUGCAAGAUUACCUUAAUGACCUUCUGAUCCUAGGAAAUAUGUGCCUCAACCAUUGUGAAUACGAAGCUGCUAUGACCUACUUCGAAGUGGCCUUGAAAAUUAUACACUCAGGUGAUGCAAACGACGCUCUCGGAAAAGCAAAACUCUAUCUCCUUGUGGGAACCACACACAAAUGUAAGGGUAACUUCGAGCAAGCGAAGAACUAUCAUACGCAUGCACUGGACAUUCAUCUGAAACAGCUUGGACCUGAGCAUCAUAUAGAUGUAGCAAAUUCUUACAAUAGCCUGGGUAAUGUAUACGGUGAUCUAGGUGAUUUCCACCAAGCAAAGGUCUACCUUGCGCGUGCACUGGACAUUCGUCUGAAACAGCUCGGACCUGAGUAUGUAGUUGUCGCAGAUUCCUACAAUAACCUGGGUACUGUAUACAGUGAUCUUGGUGAUUUUCAGAAAGCAAAGGAUUACCACGCACGUGCACUGGACAUUCGUGUGAAACAGCUCGGACCUAAGCAUAUAGAUGUCGCAGCUUCUUACAAUAACCUGGGUACUGUGUACAGAAAUCUAAGUGAUCUUCAGAAAGCAAAGCACAACCAUAAAGCAAAGGACAACUAUGCACGUGCACUGGACAUUCGUCUGAAACAGCUUGGAUCCGAGCAUGGAAAUGUCGCAUCUUCCUACAAUAACCUGGGUACUGUGUACAGUGAUCUAGUUGAUUUCCAGCAAGCAAAGUACUACCAUACACGUGCACUAGACAUUCGUCUGAAACAGCUCGGACCUGAGCAUGUAGAUGUCGCAGAUUCUUUCAAUAACCUGGGUACUCUAUACAGAAAUGUAAGUGAUUUCCAGCAAGCAAUGGACUACCAUGUACUUGCACUGGACAUUUGCCUAAAACAGCUCGGACGUAAUCAUCUUAAAGUUGGAGAAACUUAUGAAAAUAUUGGUGACGCACACAAUGAUCAGGGUCACGAUGAGGAGGCGAAAAGGAACUAUGAUCAUGCUUUGGCGAUUUGUGUUCGAAACCUUGGCUCUGGACACGUUAAAGUUAGAAUUAUUCAGAAUAAGCUGGCUCAAUUAUAG